AUGCUCCCGCUCAGGCGUCUCCUCCGACCUGCGCGCGCCGCUUCCUCUGUCUUCCGCCGCGCUCCAUACUCUCAUCAUACAGAGCCUCCAAAUGUCCGUCAUGUAAGGUUCAGGCGGCCCUGGAUCAGGUCCUUCGUCACAAAGGCUUUGCUAUACGGCACAGCAUUUCAUCUCUGGACUACUUUCGUGCUGGUCCGAUUCGACGACGACGCAGACGACACCGACUCCGCUCAGGAACCCAGCCAGGUGGCUGCGAGUCGAAAUCUCCACGGCGGCAAUGAACCUGGCGGAGGCGAUGUCGAAGAGGUGGAAGCAGAGAGUCCUCUGUUCAUCCCGUUGGGCUGGUCCUGGCUACAAGAGGGCGAGCGGUACACAGCAGCGGACCCGGAAUGGCAACAGUUUGUCAAGAUUUCCAUGGACCGCCAAAAACUUCAAAAGUUGAGAAAGGAACUGGCUACGAUUGUACAGGAUUCCGUCUCUGGUCGAAUAUCGCAAAUCCUCGGGGGCCCCAUCUCGAUCACCGGAUUUUGGCUGGUCCAUCAGUUUCCCUCCCGCGCUCCACCAUACUACAUGCGAUCAGGGAUCGAGUACUCCGAUGACGGCAUAUCUUGGGUUUCCAAACCUCUGGAUCCCGAAAUGGGUGAUCGAUUGCAGAGUUACAUGAAACCGGUCCACGUGGCUCUCGCGAUUAAGGAUGCCUAUAUGUUGGUCUUGAAAAGGCAAUGGACCCGCUUUACCGAUCCCGAAGGACAGGCACUGGAUGUCGUGGAGGGUCUCUCGGAGGGUCGUCUUUCACCAAACGGUGAAAACCUGGAUGCAGUUCAAGAGCGCGGAUCUCCCGGUUUGCCAAUGCCGGACGGUUUGCAGGAAAAACCAGCACCUAGCUCCGAAAAAGCCAUCUCGCACCCAUCCUCGAUCCUCUCCUCCUUACAACGGCUCCCCUUGCCGAACCUUGGCCCCGGAUCCGAUCUAUACCUGGCGUCGAUGGCUUUCAAGUUGCGCUUGAGCGAUUACCGGAGCCGAACCCCACGGACUCCUCGCCGAGGCACCUUCUUUAUCUCCGGGCCGGUGGGCCUGAAGGGCCCGAAUGGAUUCUGCCGUUUCGAAGUGAAGGGCGAAUAUGAUCCAGCGACCGGUCAAUGGCGAACGGUGGACCUGUUGCUGAAGGACCUGAACUUCCGGCGACAACGGGCGCUGGGGUGA